AUGUACAGCAUGAUGAUGGAAACGGACUUGCACUCCCCCGGCGGAGCCCAGGGCCCCACUAACCUAACGGGCCAGACCGGAGCAGGAGGCGGCGGAGGCGGCGGCGGCGGUGGGAACAAAGCGAACCAAGACCGGGUCAAGAGACCCAUGAACGCCUUCAUGGUGUGGUCCCGGGGCCAGCGCCGGAAGAUGGCCCAGGAGAACCCCAAAAUGCACAACUCGGAGAUCAGCAAGCGCCUGGGGGCCGAGUGGAAAGUCAUGUCCGAGGCCGAGAAAAGACCCUUCAUCGACGAAGCGAAGCGGCUUCGGGCGCUGCACAUGAAGGAGCAUCCGGAUUAUAAAUACCGGCCCCGCAGGAAGACCAAGACCCUGCUCAAGAAGGACAAGUACUCGCUGGCCGGGGGGCUGCUCAGCGCCGGCUCGGCAGGGGGAGGCCCCGCCGGGGUCGGGGUGGGCAUGGGGGUCGGGAUGAGCCCCGCCGGGGUCGGCCAGCGGCUGGAGAGUCCAGGCGGCACGGCCAGCGGGGGGUACGCGCACAUGAACGGCUGGGCCAACGGCGCCUACCCGGGCUCGGUGGCGGCGGCGGCGGCGGCGGCCGCGAUGAUGCAGGAGGCGCAGCUAGCCUACGGGCAGCACCCGGGCAGCGGCGGGCACCCGCACCACCCGCACCCGCACCACCCGCACCCGCACAACCCGCAGCCCAUGCACCGCUACGACAUGAGCGCGCUGCAGUACAGCCCCAUCUCCAACUCGCAGGGCUACAUGAGCGCCUCGCCCUCGGGCUACGGGGCCAUCUCCUACGGCGCCCAGCCCCACCAGAACUCGGCCGCGGCGGCCGCGGCGGCCGCUGCCGCGGCGGCGGCUUCCUCCGGAGCUCUGGGCGCCUUGGGCUCGCUGGUCAAGUCGGAGCCCAGCGUGAGCCCGCCCGUCACCUCGCACUCACGGGCUCCGUGCCCCGGGGACCUGCGGGAGAUGAUCAGUAUGUACUUACCGGCCGGAGAAGGAGGGGACCCGGCUGCGGCGCAGAGCCGGCUUCACUCCCUGCCCCAGCAUUACCAGAGCGCCAGCACGGGGGUCAAUGGCACGGUCCCCUUGACACAUAUCUGA